AUGGCUGACAAGCACCUCAGCAAUGAGGAGUUCUUCGCGCAGCUCAAAGAGCUGUUCGAUGCGCGGCGCACCAAAGACCACGGCACCGUCUACCUGACGCAAAAACGCCUGACCUUCGACCUCGAGUCGCGCGCGUCGACGCCGGCCAAGGUCGCCGACGACCCGCUGUGGGACACGCAUCCGCCCAGCCCGCUCCCCAUCAUCGUGCGCGCCACCAACGGCAAGUCCAAGGACAAGCGCGACCGCAAGGUCAAGCUGUCGACCGUCGUCCCGCCCGACCGCCUCGAGGGCUUCUACGCCCGCUACGCCGACGUCUGCAAGGCCGGCAUGGCCGCGCUGAAGCCGCGCGAUCGCAGCAAGCGGAAGAAGGACAAGCGGAACAAGAAGAAGAAUGCCGCCACCGCCGGUGGUGCUGAGGGUGAGAAGAAGGCGUGA